AUGGUGUUCCCUGGUACAUUAUUACUUAUUCUGGGUGAGCCAGCACCAAUCGAUGUUAACUGCACAGACGGUAUCCGCUGGAUUUGGGUAGUCUUUCGGCAGUGUGCCGUAUCGCCGCAGGAGAUAGUCGCAGUUACUUUCGGCCUCCUCUCAACUACUAUAUGGGUCGUGUUCGCCGUUCCUCAAAUCGUAGAGAACUGUCGCAAAGGCAUUCCUGACCAAGCCGUUUCACCAUUUUUGCUUCUGUGUUUCUUAGUCGGUGACACUGUUAAUCUUGCCGGUUGCAUUUUCGUUCAUCAGCUACCCUUGCAGGUGAGUCACGACUCGACCUUCUACGGUUUUACUAGUAGCCUGGUUGUUGGGUAUGUGCUGGGUUGGAUAUCUGCUUCAAUUUAUAUUUCCUCAAGAAUUCCCCAAAUACUAAAAAAUUGGCGACGUGGCUCAACGGAUGGUCUCAGUCCAAUAACCUUUAUCUUCGCCAUCGUGGGAAAUGUUGCGUACGCAUUGCAGACCUUUUUGACUUCCGUCGAGCUCACGUUCAUCAUCCGCGCCCUCCCUUGGCUCUUCGGUUCCCUGGGUGUCGUCCUCUUUGAUCUCAUUUUUUGCCGCUAUCAUGGAAGGGGCUACAUUUCACUGGAGGAGGAUGUCGAAGUUACCACGUGUUGA